ACAGUAACCACAAAUAAGUGCGAUGCAGAAACUGAGCGUCAGCUAGAGCCCGAGGUUCAAAGCAUAAUUUCAAGAACCCAAGGGAAACGUUCUUUGCCAAUGCUGAAGUCGUAUCGGGAAUGCUUCUGUUAUGUCGGAUAUUGUUUCAGCUCACAUUGCUCGGAGUUCUGGGAACUCAGGUGGCGAAGGUGGAGGAUUUUGUAACAGGAAUCGCUGGGGAUGGACUCCGGCUGCCCUGUUGUUUUAUCUCUGACACCAGGAACCUGAAUUUGGUGCAGAUCACGUGGUUGAAGAAAGCUGCGACCGGGAACGUGAACUUGGCUGUGUACAACCCACAGUUUGGGAUUAGUUACCCCGAUGGCUCGAACAGAUUUAGUUUGAGCAAUGCCACUCCUACAGACUGCACGCUGACCAUCAACCCCUUGCAGCUGAGUGACCAAGGCCUCUACUACUGCGAGGUUAAUACAUUUCCCAACGGCAAGCAUGAAUCCAAAACAAAUCUGACCGUUCUAGUGAAGCCUUUGACUGAGUUGUUAGCGGUCCCAGCAGCUGCUUCAUUCUCCGAAGCACCAGUCGCCCACUGUACGGCAGUCAAUGGGAAACCGGCGGCAGUUAUUACUUGGAGUGAUAGAAUUCCAGGGAAUGCCACAUUUACAAGGAUGGAAAAUACAAAUGGAACCGUGACCGUUCUCAGCCAGUACAGAAUCAUACCAAACAGAAUGGAUGAUGGGAAGAAUGUGACCUGCUUUGUAUCACACAACACAUUCAAUGACGCAAUGGAUUUGACUGCGGCAUUGUCAAUUAGGUACCGACCGGAAAUAACAAUUAGAGGGUACGAUGGCAACUGGUAUGUAAAGAGUUCUAACCGUAGCCUGGAAUGCCUUGCCAAGGCAAAUCCUCCAGUUACAAGCUAUCGCUGGACAAUGUCAACGGGGUCCUUGCCUCCUACCGUUCAUGUCAAAGAUAAUCGCCUGUUUAUAACACAAAUCGAUUACUCUGUUAAUGGCACCUGGAUCUGUGAAGCAACAAAUGCAAUUGGAAAAGGAAGGAGUGAAAUUACAGUUGUGGUAAAAGAGAUGGACUCAAGAGCUACAGUUCAUUUUACAGGUGAGCCUUUUGCCUCCACCCUGGCCUAUAUUGUCGUAGGGACGCUGGUCACAGUACUGCUCAUUGUUGUUUCAAUAACCAUAAUGGUAACGAAAACAAGACGUGAGACUAGUGCCACCAGGAAAGAAAUAAAAGUUCAUCCAGAAAACGACCGUGAAUUUGCAGUUUUUGCGACUCUAAACCUUAAGGUUGUAGACAAUGCCAGUCCUUCAAGCAAAGAAGCUCGUAACCAAGAAGCAACUGUGGUGGCUGAUUUAAGCGCUGAUUAGAUUCAGCCUGCUUAUUAUGAGGCAAUCGCUUAAAGCUAUGGACAUUAUCAGACAUCCACAACUCACGCCUAUGCUGCUGCAAUUGGUUAAUAUAUAAAUGGACUGACACUGCGAAAUAAACCCAGAAUUACUUUCCAGAUUAUCUCAUGUUGGAAGUGGGGCUGUGUUGUCUUAAUGCAGAUUCAUAAUUCCAGUAGUAACCCAGCAUAGUUGUUGUUAGUACAUAUUUGUCAACAAAUCACUUAUUUCUGGGGCUUAGAGCUGCGGUCAGGAGGGAAAUGCACUACCUCUACCAAAAGCAAUAAAUCUCAUUGUCUUUUGUGACACCGCCAGAAAUUGGGUUUGUUUAUGUUGUACCCAUUAACAAUUAGCUUGCCGAAGCUGAUGUUCCAGGUGACUGGGAUUGUACAAUAUCCUCCCCCCGCCCCUCCACCCACCAACACAAUCCUUCAUGGAAGACGGUAGUGAAAACUGUGGUGAUAAGAGAACAGUGAGACCAACAUUGGUAAUAGGAAAGUUAUUGGAAAAGUGGAAAAGCUCCUAAAUAAACUGCUGCAAAUGCAAAAGUGAAGCUGGGAAGGAAACGGUCCCCACAGAAUGUUCAUACAAUAAAGAAAAACUGAAAAGACAUACGCGUAUAAAUCUCAUUGGAAUGAGAUCUCAAUUUCAAUUGAUGCAGGCAGAGACGUAGGUAACUUGAAGUAGCUCAAAGACAAAGGUAACAUGGGGUGUUGCAGAAAGUACAUGAGAGACAUAAACUGAGGGUAAUGCAGUAAGUGCUUCAGAGACAUAGCUAACAUGGGUUAAUGCAGGAAGUAGCAUUGGAAGAAGAAUUGCUAAAAUUUCAUUGGAAAUCUAUGGCCUUGAAGGUGAUAUUGUUCAGAUAUCUAUUCCCUGGGAUGGAGACAGAGAGAAAAAUUGGAAGGUAAUGAUAUGUGAGCAAUGUGAAAUGGAACAAUGUGCAAUCACGUUGCAAAAGAACUUUGGUGAAUUUUGACUUCUAAUGACCAACCAUGAUUGAUUGAUUUUCUCUUUCAAUGAUAUUUUCCUGCUUUCUUCCCGUAAUCUUCAAAUCUUUUACUAAUCAUCCCUGCUUGAAAUAUACCCAAUCAUUUGACCUCCAGAGACAUUUGUGGCAGUACAUUCCACAUAUUCACCACACUCUGGUUAAAGAAAUUCCUCUCACCUUUGUUCUGAAAGGAGGCUUUCUAUUCUGAGGCUGUAUGCUUUGGUCCCAGAUUAUUCAAUAUUGGAAGCAUCCUCUCAAUGUCCUGUCUAUAUAGGCCUUUAAAUAUUCAAUGUCGAAAUGAGACUGUCCUGCUUUAUUCUUCCGAACUCUAUCAAGUGCAGGCCCAGAGCCAUCAAGGGUUUUAAUUCCCGAAUAAUUCCAGUGAACCUCUUCUGGAUUCUCUCUAAUUCCAGUACGUCAUUUCUUAGAAAAGGCGACCGUAGUUCCUCAGAAUACUCUGAGCGGUCCGACCAAUGCAUUCUAAAGCCGCAGCACUAC